AUGUCUCUUAAAACUUACAACAACAUCCUACUAUCACUUACAUUUCUUAUUGUCAACUUAUAUUUAGUGGUAGAAACACAACAGGCCAUUUCUGUUCAUGACAUUUCUCAAGAUGAAGUUACAAAAUAUGUAGACGUCGUUGAAAAAAGUAAUGGUCUUUUUUCAUUAGCUAAAGAAUCGUUUCACUUUGAUUUUAAUGUAUAUCGCGGUAUUACUGAUGUAGAAUUACCAACAAUUGGUGGGAAAAUUUCAGAUGAAUUAUUAAAAAACCUCGUCAGUCAAAUAGUAUUACUUGGAGAAAAUGGCGUAAAAUAUGCAAAUAGAACUUUGGACAAUGAAAAAGGUUUCAAAACAGCGUUUUUAGCAUUUCGAAAAGAUCGUGAUGGUAAAUAUGAUGUAGUUUAUUGUACAGCCAAACAAACUAAAGAAAUCAAUUGGAAAAAAAUUGGGUAUACAACUGUUAUUGCAGGUACUACGGCCUUAGCUAUGUCAGUGGCAAUGCCUGGUGUGGGAUUAGUAAUCGGAGGUUUAAUUGUUAGUGGAACAGCUGCUAUAACUGCGGGUACAGCAACUACUCUAGGCUGUUAUCAAAAUUAUAUGGACAUGCAAAAUGUUAUUCUAGGAUACAUUGGCAAAGAAUUAUCAGACAGAAAAUUAUUGGUGUUAACUUAG